AUUACUGUAGGAUUCCACAAUAGUAUCCAUUCGCCCCGCUAGAGCCCACCUUCAAAAUUCCACCUUUCCGCCAAUCAGUUCAACGUAUCCGGCGGACGUCAUGUUACGUAAUGAAUAUUCAUAAGCCGUGCCUUAAGGCUUACCCUGCGCGUGUGUUUGGAUCGGUCCGCUGGAGUGCGCUGAGUUCAGAGCGAAAAACUGCACUGAAAAGUCACCGGGUUUGAAUGGCUCAGCAUUGGACUACUGGUUUAACAUUCAAACUCGACAACUUUUCCGUUUUAACUUCGUCAGCGGAAUUAUUUCAUUACCGACAGCUGUUUUUUUGCACCUCGAAAUUGAGCGAUGCAGUUGCCGGUGUUUUACCUGCUCUGAUAAGGAUAACAACAACUGAUGCAUGAUAGACUGUAAUCAGACUGACUUCACAGAUGAGCAGAUCAGGACUAAACAUUUAAUGUUACAGGGCAUUGAGUUUGUGAAGCGUUGCGCAGCAGCACAGUGGCUCCCCCCUCAGGCCAGUCGCAGUACUGCAGCACCCCCCCCCCCAGCGGCAAAAUCUGCUUCAUGGCCACAAGUCCAAACCUCUGCAGUACAUAUGACUGUUACCAAAAGGUAAACUUACAAUCAGGAGGCAGUGAGGUGACGCUAAAGACAUAUGACAUGGAGGUCAAAGGUCACCUGAUAACAGGCCCUGAGCUGCAGGCCGCUAUGGACAGUAAGCAGCGUGCGGAGCGGAUGGUGGAGCUGCAGGAGCGCCGGAGGAGUCUGCAGUCGCUGCUCAACACUCGAAUAGCAGAACUCAAACGCGUGUGUCUGCAGGAGGCGGAAUUGACGGGUGAAGUUCCUCAUGACUAUCCUCUGGAAACCGGAGAGAAGCUCCCUCAUGUGCGGCGCAGGGCUGGUCUGUCCCGCAGCGGGUCCAAACAUAACACCAAAAAUGAGGAAGAGGACGUCUCUCAGCGCAAGACAAAGAAAACUCUGUUCAGCGGCGCCCUCCGCAGGCACGUUGAUUCAGAACAGCAUCCUCCACACAGCAAACGAACGGUUCAUAGAGGAUGCCACACAGAUAACACAGUGAAGUCAGAGAGCAGCUCCACGUCUGAUUCCACCAAUCAGGACACUGAAGACGCCUCUGACAGCCUGUCGCCCUCACAGCCCCAGCUGGUCUCGGGGAGCCCAGACAACAGGUUUUCUCGAAAACUCUCCCCUGUGGAGAUCUAUUACGAGAUGAAAACACGCCGCAACUCUGUGGCCAGCUCAGCCAGCCCGAGUCACUCUCUUCCAAGAAGUGUGUCGAAUUUGGAAGGUAGAAGUGUCCCGGCAACUCCACUCCUGUCCCGCAAUGGAAUAGCAGGAGUGCACAUCAGGUCAGAAUCAUCUAGCGGCACCGCUGCUGUGAAGCAGUGGUCAGACAAUCCCGAGGCGUCCCAUCAGGUGCCUCUGCAGUCUCAGGAGGGGUCGUCCUCAGGGUCCUACGAGCAAGGGCACAGACGUAGCAAUAGCUCUGAGACGUUACUCGACCGGCACGGCACCGCAGCGGAAGACGGAGGUCAAAGGUCAGGCAUGCCUGUACGGAACGGCCCGUACAAGAGCUCGGAAGCCAUCAUGGACACGACUUUAAAACAGGCGCAGCGGAGCAGCCCCGAGCGGCAGGUAAAUGGGCACGCCGAGCUGGCCCGCGUUCGCUCUGCUGCGGGAGGUCGAGGAACGAACGGAGGUGUCGGUUACAGUGAGAUCCUUAUGGAUUAUGUGUGGGGGAAGCAGCAGAAGAUGCAAGUUCAGCAACAACAAAGACUGCAGGUGCAAAGUAAUGCAAAAGCCCGGCCGUGGCCCGACGGUCCCAAUGCUCCUCCGCCUCCCUACAGGAAUGGCUUUCCCCAAUCGCAGCAGCUUAUUCUGGGAAACGGCCCUCCAGCCUACAGCCCUCUAAUGCUGAGAGGAAAGCCCGGCGAGCCACGGAGGGUCAAAGUGUCGCGCACCAAAUCCUGCGGCCCGUUCGUUCCCUUGCAGCAGCACCAGCAAGAGUCCAUCCUGCUCUCUGCCUACAACGAAACCACCACCUCCAACGGUACUGCCAUUAAUGCAACGCAUAACCAGCAGAUCGACCACCUCCACAGACCGCCCCAUUACCCUCUUGACUCCUCCGCACCCACAACCCCCGACGACCCCACGCGCAGCCUGCACAAGGCCCUGGCGCUGGAGGGUUUGAGAGACUGGUAUCUGAGGAACGCGCUGGGACAGACGGCCAACGGAGGGAAGGGUAAAGAGGGGACUCAGACUCAGCGCAGGCGUACCACAUCCUCUCUGCACAACUCACACCCUCAUCCACCGCUCAAACACCAGCCGCAGUCCUUCCAAACAGACACGUCCUAUCCACAGAUCCCCCAGUCGGCCACGUUUCAUGGACACCCUCUACAUGGCAGUCCUCAGUGUCACAUGAUCCUUGAACAAGAAAUACCAAUAAACAAUAGUGUAUUUUCAUUUUCAAUUCAAGUUUAUUUGUAUAGCGCUUUUCACGAUACAAAUCAUUGCAAAGCAGCUUUACAGAAAAUGUCGAUGGAGCUUUCUUUGUACCAAGAUACCUUUUCAUCUCAGAUGCAGGACAUGACACUUAAAGAGAGCAGUAAUGACAGACCCACGCCAGGCACGCUGGUCUGACGCGCAAACCAUCAAUCUAACAUUCAUGCAAACACAAAGAGACUACAGCAAACACCAGCUUACGUGUGUAUAGAAUGGCAGACUGCCAAAAUGAACUAUUAAAAAGACAUUUUGCUUAGAAUGGAAGAAUUCUGAUCCUUGUUAUACUAACAUAUGCUAAGUAUACUUGUACUCAAGACCCUUUUCAGCAUGAAAUCAAGCUGUCUUCUAGUUUCACAUCAUCUCUGGGUUCCUGCAGACUUCUUAUGAUAGUUUCCCUUUUAAUCAGCAAAAGUAGUAGCAAUCUCUGGCAAAAGAGACAAUAUGUCAGCACAUUCCUAUUAGUAAACAAUGUGAGUUUAUUCUAUCAAACUAUUUCCUAUUUACUAUGGAUUUGUCACAAAAAGUAUACAAAGAGUUCUUGUUGUUCAUGAGAAUCCAGUAUCGGUCGCUGGUGAGACCUUCUACAAGUAGUACUGGACGUGUAAGGAAACCCUUUGAAAAAGAAUCAGGAUCUUCUCAAUGUUUUUAUGGAAAUAUUUCUAUGCAAAUUACAAUCAAGAAGACUGUGUUGAGACAAAAUUAAUAAUUUGAGUUUUGGUUUUGUCAUUCAGAGUAGCAAUUUUAAAAUAUUUAGCCAAAUCUUAUACUUUGAUGGACUGUUAUACAGUCAGGGACACGCAGUAUUUCAUGAAAUGUAUACUUCCGUUAGUAUCUUUGUUACUAAAUCACAACGUGGAGGAGUAUAAAUGUGCUUGUUCAGGAUGAUGAUAAUAAGAAUGGCACAAAGGUCGCUGUGCGGCUCAAACAACAUCUUUAUCUGUAUCACUCGUAUUUAUGAUGCUUUCUUCCUCAGGCUGUAAUUAUAUACCAGUAUUAAUAUACACAGUCACAAAGAAAACAGAAAUUUACUGGUAGAAUAAUACAAAUAAAUAGAAUAAAUGACACUUGAUGUAUUCAAAAAAUUGCAUUUCUACAAAAAUGAAACCAGAAUGAAAGGUGGAAUCUCGUGAAACCUGUCAAGAACACAUUUCACUCCAAAAUCACAAGAAAAUUAUGUUUUAAAAAUGUUUUAUGUUUAUUAAAAAAGGAAAUCAGUAGCAUUAUGACAUUUUCAUGACAAGAAAAAGCACUUCUCAUUACUGUAAGAGAAGAAAAUAAUCAUUAAUGGAUUUAAGGAUCAGCGUACUAUUUGUUUUGCUAGAUUUAUUCUGAUUUAAAAAAGAAUCCUUUCUGGACAGGAUGAAUUUUAAUUACUGUAAUAAAAAUAUAAUGUGCAUGAUCACUAAGAAUAAUGAGAAAUAUAAAAAUGCCCAAAAGCAAAACAACUGGAUGCAUUAUGAUAAUGAGAACUGAGGGAAAUCAUGUCAAAAUGCAUAAUAAUAAUAAUAAUAAUAGGUCUUAAAAAUAGGCUUCAUUUUAUUUAGGGAGGAGAUCGUUUAAAAAUACUGUGAAAAUAUUAUCAUUGUUUUUUUUUUUUCAAAGGUCUCAUAAUAAAAAUAGGCCUGUUUUAUUUAGGGAAAAUAUUGUUUCAAAAAAUACUAUAAAAAUAUAAUCGUAUUUUUCUUUUGACUUUGUGGUGAAAUAGAUCAGGAAUUUAUAUGAAUGACCACUAGGAGGAGCCCCAUGAUCUGUUUUGAGGGGGUUCUGGAUCCAUUCAAAUCAGCAGCAUCCACUGCAGAUGCAUGAAAAGCGUCCUGCCAGGUGCAGUGCUUGUCGCAAGAAUCACCAGCUUCUUGUGUAUAGCGCCUUAAUUGCAAUUGUUCAUUGUUUUUCCUAUCGGACAGACUGCAGAUGUCAAUAUUUACUGUAUGUUUCAGUAAUUAGAUUGCAUGAAAUGAAAAGGAUUAAUUAACCAAAUCAGGACUUUGGCAAGACUAGUAAUUUUCCCGCGCCUUCCUUUAGAAUUCAUUUGAAUUGUGAUACUCAGAAUGUGGCGUUGCCUACUAAUGCCAGGAUGCCAACCUUUGACCAUUGUGCCUAGCAAAUGUGCCGGAGAAGACUUGUAGAAACAAUGACGUAUUUCUCACAGCCAGAUUAAAUAAAGAAUUAGGCUUCCGCUUAUAAACUACCGAUUUUAUUCUCUCUUUACGACUGAAAAAAACAUUUGGAUUGCUGGCUAAUCCACUCUUAAUAGUAGUAGUCUGCUAUGUUUCUUAGUGUUAGUGCUCCCUUCAGAAAAAAACCUCGAUGUACCAAUGCAUGCGGGUAUCUGUUCUUCUUUAUUCCUUCUCUAUGGUUCCCUGAUUUUUAUUUGGUUCACUGUGUUAUCAUUAUGUAGGCAACUUGAUGUAGGUCUUGAAAAGCUUCUACAUGUCAGAUGCCUUCACCAUGAAUAUAUCUGUAGAAUAUAACACUGAGAGUUGAAUUUACUGAAGCAAUCUAAACUUUCUCAGAUACUUUGUCACCAAAUGCUGCCGUGCUUGUCUCAGGACUACACUGAAAGCUGCUUUGAUUGUGGUCUGUCCAUUUGAAUCAACACCACUGAUGCAUGGAAGUGUCUUUAGUAGAAAUAACUUUUCUUUUCCUAUUUUUUAUUUUGAUUUGAUUAAAAACACCCGAGAGAUGAUUGAGAAGGUUGCAGAACGUGUAUGAUGCUUGUAAAAGCUUGCUGAGGACAUUUAAGGUUAUCUAUUUCAAAUGUUUUGAAAGAUCAUGUUGCACUCACGUGAAACACGAUUAUGUUGAUAACACAGAAAACUAUCAGAUAAUGAUCUAAAGGACGAUGAAUAUGAAGGAUAACAGCCUUUUAUUUUUGAUUAAAGACUUAAUAGCUGUUGAUUCAAACUGAAGGCAAAUAAAACCAAUGAAGAAUGUCAUAUCUGUUUUGCUUUCAUGGUACCAAAUGUUACAACUUGUUGAAGAUGUUCCCUACAUGUUUUGGACACUAUUGAAGAUUUUAUUUCCCCAGUUUCAAUUUUAAAAUUCCUUUUCCGAAACCUCUUUAUUUGCUGUUGCCCUGCUCAUAUGUUUGAUCACUUUUGGAAGAAACCUUUCCAACUGUAUAUAGGCUAAUUUGCUGUUUUCUCUUUGGUUUUCAACAUUUUAUAUCUCUAUUAAAAAUUAAAAAAAAAUAAAAAAAAUUCUAAUGAAAAACUAAGACUGUACAAAGUUUGUUUUUAAUAAAGUGUUUUUGGUCAUA